AAGUGGAGAAUGACAGACUCGGCAAUUCAUCAUCGAUGACAAGAGAUGGGACCUGCAGCUAAGUAGUUAGACUACGGUGUGACUCGAUGCCACAUGACGAGAAGAGAAACAGGUCCCCGUGACCCGCGGACAAUAUAAAGACAACGAAGAAAUGGUAGACUAUAACUAGAAACAUUAUUAAUCUUCAUAUAAGUCACAUAUGACUAAAGUAAGCCGUAGUUAUGAAAUCAAUAACUAAUACUGUGUGUCUGCUGUGCGUCAUCUGUUCUCUCAAAAUACACGUGCUCACAGAUAGGCGCCCGAGUACUCGUGAGGUGAUCACCAAGUAUGGUGCACUACGUGGCACCAUUGUGACUUUUCCCAAUCGUCCACUUAAACCGGUUGAAGUAUUUUUGGGUAUUCCGUAUGCAAGUGCACCUGUAGGUUCUUUACGGUUCAUGCCACCGGUUACACCUCCCCAUUGGAAGAAUGUAAAAAAUGCGGACCACUUCGGUUCUGUAUGCCCUCAACGUCUUCCGGAUAUUACCAAUGAGACAGAGGCUCUUCGCAGGAUGCCUUGGGGUCGUCUCCAAUAUCUUCGACGUCUGCUACCUUAUCUAGUCAAUCAGAGUGAAGAUUGUCUCUAUCUCAACAUCUAUACUCCCGCAUCAGUUAAGGAAGGCAAAUCCAAAUUACCUGUCAUGGUGUACAUCCACGGCGAAUCUUACGAAUGGAAUUCUGGGAAUCCAUACGAUGGUAGCAUCCUGGCUAGUUUUGGAUCUGUCGUAGUAGUCACAAUCAAUUUUCGUUUAGGAGUUUUGGGGUUCCUUCCUGCCUUAGACAGUACUUCUCGUGGGAACUACGGUCUUAUGGAUCAGGUGGCCGCACUUCAUUGGAUUCAAGAAAAUAUUGGAGGAUUUGGUGGCGAUAACAGUAAUGUGACCAUAUUUGGCCACGGGCACGGCGCAGCUUGCGUUAAUCUAUUGAUGAUAUCACCUAUGACAAAAGGUCUGUUCCAGAGAGCAAUCAUGCAAAGUGGAUCAGCAUUAAGCCCAUGGGCGGUCGCUACAGAGGCUCAUACGUAUACUAAGUUCUUAGUAAAACAGUUAGGAUGUCCAAUGGAAGAGAAAAGGACUCUUUUAGAAUGUUUAAGACAAAGACCUAUAGCAGAUAUUAUGCAAAGUACGUUCAUUGUACCCGAUCACUUGACAUCGUUUGGACCUACUGUUGAUGGUGUGGUGGUACCUAGCGUACCGAUUGCUAGUAUGUCGUCUCCAGGAAAUUUAUAUGGUCAGUACGAUAUGAUGGCUGGUGUGUGUCGAAUAGAAUGGUAUUUUGGGUUCUCCUCUACAGAGGAGCGAUCGGGAAUCGAUACCAAAAGACGAGACAGAAUACUACGAACGUUAGUAAGGAAUCUUUUUAGUUAUCAUCUACAGGAGAUAUUUUUAACAAUCGUUAAUGAAUACACCGAUUGGACAAAACCUAAACAAGAACCUAUGGACACGUUAUUAUCCACAGCUGAUGCCAUGAGCGAUGCUCUGAUUGUUUCGUCACUAUCCGAAACUGUUAAUUUUCACUCGUCAGGAAUAGGUAGAACAUUUUAUUACGUCUUCACUCAUCAGACAGAGAAAGGAGAUUACUAUAACGAUUCGGGUUGUAUCCAUGGAGAAGAAGUUCCUUAUAUUUUUGGUGCUCCACUCGUGGGAAAUCUUGCUCAUUUCAAGUCCGAUUAUAGUCGCUCGGAAGUGACAUUAUCGGAGACUGUUAUGUCAUAUUGGACUAAUUUCGCCAAAACUGGAGACGUUAAUGGAGAUGCUCAAGAAUACUCGAGCGAUAAAGGCAAAGGACCUUUAUAUUGGCCUCAGUAUAAAGAUCUACAACAGAAAUAUAUGUCAUUAGCAACAAAAUCAAAAGUUCGGGAUCACUACCACGCUCACCGUUUAUCAUUUUGGCUAUCGUUAAUUCCAAAAUUGCAUAAAGCUAGUGGAUCCGAACCUCAGCAUCAUUUGCUAGAGGAUCACGACAAUCAAGAAACAUACGAUGGCAUAGUGAGACGUGCACCAUCGGAUGAUACAGUACGCUCUCCUGGUAGCACAGAUGCAACACCAACUGUCAGUUAUUACGUGCCAAGCAGUCCAGCAACAGAAACGAGUUACUCAGUAUUGGAAACAAGUACAGAGAGCUUGACGAGUGGAAAUCCUGUCUCCGAUUCUAUUGCAGUAACAAGUGAACCAACUCGCUAUACGACUGCUUUGAGUGUCACAAUUGCUAUCGGUUGUUCUCUUCUUAUCUUAAAUGUUCUUAUUUUUGCUGGCGUGUAUUACCAAAGAGACAAAAGAGAAGCUUGUAGCGACAAAAUGACGUGUGGCGUAGGAAGUUGACAACUUUUCGGCAAAAUCCUACUUUGAACAGAUGUGAAGUUGACAGAUGUCAUACUAUGUAGCGAAUAAAUCGGAUGGUGAAAA